AUGCUGCUGCGUCUGCUGCUGCUGCAGUUGUUGCUGCUGUGCCUGCUGCUGCGUCCGCUACUACUGCUGUUCGGCUGCUGCGUGUGCUGCUCUUGCUGCUGCUGCUGCUGCUACGCGUGCUGCUGCUGCUGCUGCAUCUUUUGCUGCUCAGGGGCCCCCGGGCGCUCCUCUUUGCCCCCUCCCUUCCGCCUGCUGCCAGUGGCCUCGCGCUGCCAGCUGCAGCAGCUGUACCCUCCUAGGGUGGACCCUUGGGGGCUCUUGGGGGCCCCCAGUUUGGGGCCCCCGGGGGCCCCGGGGGCCCCCCGGGGGGCCCCCCUGAGGGCUGAAGAGGCCCAGGAACUCCUUGCAGAUUACUUUUCUGUGCCCCGCGUGUUGGCCGUGGGAGACAUCUUUGCAGUACCCAGGGGGCCCCUCACUUACGGGGCCCCCUGCUGCACUGCGGGCUGCAGCAGGGGGGCCCCCCAGUACCCUGGGGGCCCCCCUGCUGGCUGCCCCUGCUGCCUCUCGCUGCACGAAUUAGAACAUGCUGAGGCCUUUGGCUUGGGGGCCCCCCGCUGUGCCCUUUUGUCUUCUCGAGUUCUUUGCAAAGCCAGCAAAAACCCGGACUUGGGGCCCCUCUUCGUUUGGGGCCCCCAGGGGCCCCCGGGGGCCCCUGCAGCGCAGCAACACGGCGCAGCAGCAGCCACCUGGGGGGCCCCCGAGGGGGCCCCCAGGGCCCCUGCAGACCCACGGGGGGCCCCCCUGUCCCCCCCGCAGCUGACGCAAAGGCUGGGGAGGGGGGCCCCCUGCAGCAAAAGGGGGGCCCCCCUCUGUCACUGGGGCCCCUCAGACCCUGUUUUUGGCUGCGGCGGCGCAGAGGCCCUUCACCAGGUAGCCAUGGUCUUCAGAGUGGCAGCUUUGGACGGCCCGGGGGCCCCCCAGGGGCCCCCCUUAGGGGCCCCUAAAGGGGCCCCCGAAGGGGCCCCCAAAGGGGCCCCUAAAGGGGCCCCCGAAGGGGCCCCUAAAGGGGCCCCCAAAGGGGCCCCCGAAGGGGCCCCUAAAGGGGCCCCCAAAGGGGCCCCCGAAGGGGCCCCUAAAGGGGCCUCCGAAGGAUCCCCUAAAGGGGCCCCGCAAGGGGCCCCUCUCUUGGGGGCCCCUGCAGGGGCACCCCGCGGGGCCCCCGGGGGCCCCUCGCUGCGGGCCCCCCCCGAGGGGCCCCCAGGGGGGCCCCCCACCGCUCCCCAGUGCAGAGUCGUAGUGAAAGGAGGGACAGAUUUGCUGCUGCAGGAGGCCCCAGGUCGGGGGGCCCCCCCCCCUUAUAUGAUGUUCCACGUCCUCAGGAGGGGCCCCCUCCCGGUGCUGCCGUCUUUGCGGGGCCCCCUGGACAGGCUGCUGCGCUACGCCGUCACGCGGCUGCGCCUUGCUGCUGCUGCUGGAGACAGAGGCAGCGCCUUGCUGUGUGGGGCCGACGGGUAA